CCAAUAAGCGACUGAGAGGCGGAGAGCUACUCAAAGCUGGAUUGGCUGAACGAGGGUGUGGUUAACCCGGGAGACUACGCAGUACACGGAGGGUCGAGUAGAAAUUGAGUCCGGGGCUGCAAGCAGACCCGAGCUGGUCAGCUGAACUGGAGACCAGUUUGCUAGCGUAGUUUAGCUUAGCUUAGCAUUGGAGAGGCAUUUUGACACACGGUUUUGUUUUUUUUUGCGGCUUGUCAGUUCCACCAAAAAAUACAUAUCGAAGUUACAAAUAAAAUAUAUAUAUAUGUAAAAAUAAAUCGUUGUUUUUGAGGUAGUUCAGUACUAGUAGCGACCCUUCUGUCGCUUUCUCUGGUUCUGUAUUAUUACCAGGCUGUCGGCGUUUGACAGGCUCUAUAUACUGUGUGACAGCAACAGUAACGUGUCAUUUGCGAUUGGUUUAUCCGCAGAAAUAUAUUGGCAUACCUCCAACGUUAAAAACGUACUUUUAAAGUAACAAAAAACAAAAAAAAUCUAUGUGCAUUCACUGUAUUUACUGUUUACUGUUUACUGUUACUAUUUACUGUUUUAGUUCAUAAACUGUUGCACAAGAAGACGAUUAACACCCGACAGAAUCGUUUUGAAAAUCGCGACCAAAAAAAAAAAAUACAAGACACAGGAAGCAGAACUGAAGACGAGGACGAGGGAUUGCGUUUGAGGAUCAACUCCAUAUAUACUUCAAGAGAAGGUCAUGCUUGUAAUCCAGCCAUGGAAGCAAUGGCAGUGAGUACCUCGGUUAGCCCAGCGGACGAGUUUGACCGCAAUGUGCCGCGGAUCUGCGGGGUGUGUGGAGACAAGGCCACUGGCUUUCACUUCAAUGCCAUGACCUGCGAGGGCUGCAAGGGCUUCUUCAGGCGCAGUAUGAAGCGAAAGGCCAUGUUCACCUGCCCCUUCAGCGGCAGCUGCACCAUCACCAAGGACAACCGCCGGCACUGCCAGGCGUGCCGUCUGAAGCGCUGCGUGGAGAUCGGAAUGAUGAAGGAGUUUAUCCUGACGGACGCGGAGGUCCAGCGGAAGAAGGACCUGAUCCUGAAGCGCAAGGAAGAGGAGUCCCUGAGAGAGGCCCAGCGAGAGGCCCUGCAGCCCAGGCUGACUGAGGAGCAGUCCAGGGUCAUCUCUCUGCUGCUGGAGGCGCACCACAAGACCUACGACGACUCGUACUCGGACUUCCAGCAGUUCAGGCCCCCAGUGCGCCAGGGCCCCAUCACACGCAGUGUGACCCGCGCCUCUUCAGUGUACUCUGUCCAGAACCUGUCCUCUGAGGACUCCCUCGACUCCUUCAACCCACCCUCAGACCCCAUGGACUCGAAGCUGUUGAAUUUCAGCAGCCUCCUGAUGAGUCAGUCCAGCAGCGGCUCGGACUCCAGCCUGAACUCUCAGAGCGCCUCCAUGCUGCCGCACCUUGCAGACCUGGUCAGCUACAGCAUCCAGAAGGUCAUCGGCUUCGCCAAGAUGGUUCCCGGCUUCAAAGAGCUGACAGCUGACGACCAGAUUGCCCUGCUCAAGUCGAGUGCCAUAGAGAUCAUCAUGCUGCGCUCGAACCAGUCCUUCAACCUGGACGACAUGUCCUGGACCUGUGGGAGCCAGGACUUCAAGUACCAGGUCAAAGACGUCGAGCAGGCUGGUCAUACUGUGGAACUCCUGGAGCCGCUGGUCAAGUUCCAGGUGGGACUGAAGAAGCUCUGUAUGCAUGAAGAGGAGCAUGUGCUGCUAAUGGCAAUCUGCCUGCUGUCCCCUGACCGGCCCGGGGUGCAGGAGAGGGCUCGGAUCGAGGCUUUCCAGGACCGGAUCUCGGACGUCCUGCAGGCUUACAUCCGCGUGCGUCACCCCGGCGGCCGCCUCCUCUACGCCAAGAUGAUCCAGAAGCUGGCGGACCUGCGCAGCCUGAACGAGGAGCAUUCCAAGCAGUACCGCAGCAUCUCCUUCCAGCCCGAGCACAGCAUGCAGCUCACCCCCUUGGUGCUGGAGGUGUUCGGCAAUGAGGUGUCCUAGAGCCCCAGGGCCUGGGGGGGAGACCUAGGAAGGGCUUGAGUUUAGGGACACUUGACUGAUUUGAUGUCCGUUCCGUUACACCCUCCCUCCCUCCCUCCUUCAGUCUAAUGCUGCCUGUACUAUCACUACCCCCCUCCACGGAACCCCUUGCUUGUGUUUCAGUUGCAGAUCUUGUUCAGUAUUGUCAAGUUGUCCUCAUAAGGAGGGCAGAGGCUGCAUGGUCCUGUGCUAUGUGCACAUUGUACUGUACUGCAGAGGGGGGGUGCUGUACUGGGUUAGUCUCUUUCAGAAUGUACUCUCACCGCACUGGGGCCUUUUGGUCACUCGUUUAGCACACAGAAAGGGGUGACAAGUUUUUAUUUUUUUUUAAAGCAUGAAGAUUUAGUACCCUUUGCAGACCGCAUUGGAGUAUGAAAUUUAGUGUUGCUCGUUUGAACACUAAAGGCCUGUGAUGAGUAAAACAAAGUGCCACUACAGUAAAGUGCCAAAUCUCUGAUCACCGUGGACAAUUAUUUAACUAUAGCAGAGCUGUAACUUAAAAAGCCUCUUAAAGUGACACGGUGGUUGGUUUUGAAGUUUUUGCAGGAAUCGCAAUGGAAGAGCAGCUUGUGCUUGAGCUUAUCUUGGGUUCAGUUGGAAACCUUGCAAGCCUGGUCCGUCCCUCCCUCCUUCCGGCACUCCGUCUGAGUAACUAAAUUACAACAAACUCCCCCCGAAACAUCCCGCCUCGCCCCCUCUCCCUCUCUCGACCUCCCCGUUCAGUUUGAUCUACCGUGGACCACUUGCAGGCUAAGAAAUUCAAGCUGCAUCUUCUGUGCCAUUACAGCAUAGAAACCAAAACUUCUCUCGAAUGUGGUUUGUAGUCCACAGUCUCACUCUCGCAGGUGUUUUUAAGAAUGUUUGUUCCACGCUAAUUUUACUAUCAAGGUAAAAACUCUGAGACGGUGUAAAGUUUGUCUGCUUGACUUGGUUUCUUGUAGUUUUCUCCUUUUAAAGUAUUCUGAUCUGCGUUUUUAAAAUGUUAUGGAUAAUUAAAUGUAAUUUAAUUUGAAUCUGGGUUCAGAUUUCAGGGUUUCUUGUGUAGGCGACCCUUCUUUACACAGGCGUGUGAACACGCUCAGGGUCUCUGUGUGUACCAUAUAAAUUAGCUGGGAACAAAUCUUCAAUGGGCAGAAUGAUUCAUUUUACGUACAGAGAAUUGUGAAAAAUGGCAUAUAUAUAUUCUAGACAUAUUAACUAUUUCUAUUAUGUUAAAGAUUUUAAAAAAAAUGUAAUCGUAUAUAUGUAUAAAUAUAUCCCUCCUUCUGUUUUUUUAAAGUUUGUAUAUUGUGAUCUGUGAAGUGUCUCUCAGUAGCUGAAAUCUGCACUCAUAUCAUUGCUGAAUAGAAAAAGUCUGACUGCUCAAAUCUGAGGGUUUAAACUACCAGCUGCUGGACUCUGGUGACCUGGUCAAACAUUCAGAAACUCUAGUCCUGCUUUUUUCAGAAUUGUUUUUUAUUGUAAAGUUAUUUUUUUAAGCGAGCGGAUAAAGGUGACAGGAGUUGCAGCUAUCGUUGCCCAGCUAGAUCUGAAGUGACUCUCCUCCUCAUCGCUAGCUUUACUAUGAGAAGAGGUGUUCAGUAUCUACCACAGUGGUUCAUUCAACGCCCCCUCGGGGUUAACCAAAGUAUUUCUGGUUUGAUUGGAACAAACCCCUGAACUGGAACACACCACUGCUCUGCCACGUCCUGGGGAGAGCCCCGCGGGUAUUGUAGGGGUCUACGGUGUUUUUUGUUCACUCGCUUUAGUCCUGCUUGUUUUUAUUCUGCAGCUCUCCACACAAGCAUGUGUACAGGACAAGCCAAACGAAAAGAGGAAAAAAAAAAGAUUAUGUAGGUCCUUUCGUAAAAUAAAAUGCGCUUCUCUGUCUGGUCCAUAGCAUAAAUCCAGGACCCCAUCUCCAUUACCAGUGUCCUGUCGAUGGUUUGAUUCAGGUUUGGCUGUGCUGCCACUGCAGUGCCUGGGUUAGGGAUAUAUAUAUAUAUAUAUUUGGGUGGGGUAAUGGUGCCAUCUUGUGGUAUUUAGCUGUAAAUACAUAUAUUGAUAUAUUUUUUAAAAAUCCUACCUCACACAAAGUAAUAUGAAUAAGUUCCCACGGUAAAGAAUAGGAAAGUAUUUGUUCAGAUGACACUUUGCAGUAAUGCUUCUUUUUCUUAUGCAAUGCGCAUAUAUAUGCGCAUAUACCGCUCUUCAAUACGGACCAGCAGCGAGGCUUUCAAAUGAAUGGAGAUUUCGAAAAGAAUCCGAUACAGAGGCAUACGAUUUGGAUUGGCGUGUCUGUUCAUGUAUAGAUUUUUCUUGGCAGUGCGCUUUAUAUGCCGGAGGAUUAGAAAUGAUAUCACGAGGAUGCUGCAUUGUGUUUUAAACAAACAAACACAAAAUGUAACCGUCAUCACCAAAGUAGUACAUUUAAUAAUAUAAAAAUAAUAAUAAAGAAGGAAAAAAUAAUAGGGUUACCUUUUAUUGGUUUGGCAGGGAAUUAACACUAGACUUGUUUGUCUGUCUGUCUGUUUGUCAGUCUGUCUCAACACUCUAACAGUUCCAUGCUGGCUUGAUGCAUGAUAAGGGUUAAUAAUAUUGUUGUUUAUUAUUAUCCUUGUGUUUCAUUUUAUUAUUACGUUUUUUCCUUCUUAAAAUUAUUUUGUGUUUUUUGAUUUCUGUACAUUGGAUGCAAAUGCAAACCGUAAAUAAAUGCAUAUACUGUUUCUGGAAAAGA